AUGCGGGAGUGGUCCAUUGAGAUUGUCGGUUUGAACAGUGCAGGGGAAGAGGUCCCACUGACUUUGGUUGAUAAGAUUGUGUAUCAUUUGCACCCAACUUUUGUGAAACCGAACAGAACUUUUACAGAACCACCUUUCACAAUAUCAGAACAAGGGUGGGGUGGAUUUGCCCUGAAUAUAUCUCUUUGGCUGAAGGACAAGGGAGGGGAGAGGAAAGUGACGCACGAUUUGAAUUUCUUGAAGGAUGAAUACCAAGUGGAUCAUGUCAUCCAAGUCCCCGUGAACAUAAGUAAACCGUCUCUCUUGGAAGAAUUGAGGAAAACGGGCGAUGAUAUCCCUACAGACGAGGAACUCGCCAGCAGCGGUGCUGUCAACACGAAGAGAAAGUCCGUGAGUGCGGCGGCAGACCCAACGGGGACUACAGGCGAACCUAAGGCGAAGAAACCAAAGGCAGCUGCCACACCCAUGGUCAGAGGUGGAGUUGACGUGGAAAUGCUGGCCUUCGGGCUCACCAAGAUGAAGGACAUUGACCUUGUCGAGAUCGUACACAAAAUCACAGAGAACGUCACGUCAGAGAUGAAUGUGACGAAUAAUGUCGAGGACGGAGAGUUGACUUUAGACCUGUUCAGCCUUCCAGACUCUUUGCUGAAGGAUCUGUGGACUUAUGUGAACGAACAUAUAGAGAAACAGUAG